AUGGGUUCAUCUGAACAAAAUCAAGGCGUUAGAUAUUAUAUUGUAGAUCCAAAUCAAUCAUCUAAAGAAAAUAAAAAGGUUAAUGAAGAAGAAAACCUUAUACAUCAAUUAAUUAAAUUCUAUAUUGUGAAAUUAAACGAAGAAUAUAAAUUAUAUCAAAAAAAUUUGAGGUAUCGUCAAAAUGUUUACGCUGCAGAGAUUUUUAUAUCAUUAAUUUCUAUUUGUCUUGGUCAAUUAUUCGGAUUUGCUGAACAUUCCGAUAUAAUGGCGAAAGUUGGAACUCAAUUAUCUUCAUUAUUUGGUGGAAUUGGUUUACUAGUAACUAUUGUUACUGCAUAUCUUAACAAUACUGCGCAGAAAUAUCUUGAAUCAAGUAGUUCAACUGAACUCGAUGAGAAUACGUUCAAACUCAUGUAUUUACAUAUUGAUGAUAAAGUUAUUAAGGAGUUUGUUAAUGAUUUGAAAAAAGUUGAAGUAUCGAAAGGUGAUAAAACGAAUGUUAUUCAAUCGAAAGGUGGUGAAACGAAUGUUGAUCAAUCGGAAAGUGGUGAAACGAAUGUUGAUCAAUCGGAAAGUGGUGAAAAGAAAGAUGAUGAAAAUAAUAUUGAUAUAGAUCAAAUGAAAUUACCUCUUUAUACAAAAGAUAAAGAAAGCAAAUUUAAUAUGUUUACUGCGCUUGAUUUUUAUAUAAUUCAAUUGAAACGAAGAAACGAUAUUUUGACUAGAGAAAGAAUUUUCGAUUCGUCAGUUUCUGUUUUGUUCUUUUUCUUCAUCCUCGCAAUAUCAAUUUUUUUGUCGUUGGUUUUUCAAGAUACCAAUCAAACUUAUCUAUCUAAGGAUACAGAACAAGCGCUAAGUCUUUCUUUGAUGUAUUUAGGAGGAAUCUGGUUUGGUUUAAUUUUUCUUUCAAAAUCAUAUGAUUUACUUGAAAGUUUAGAAAAUAGAAUGUAUGUUAAAAAUGAAAUCAAAAACGACCAACGUGAAGACGAGAGUGAUAAAGAUUUUAUAAGUAGAAAAAUCAGAGAACGUAAAGCCAUCGAACGUGAAAAUGAUCCUUUUUCUUAUUGGUUAAAGGAAUUGGUUAAAUACGAAAAAAAAAAUACCUUGUCUAAUAGUACAAAGAAAUCUAAAAGGAGUUUCCGUAUAAUUCACUUACAAUUAUAUCCAUUUUGGGUCACAAAUAUUGAAUUAAUCCUAAACGGAAUCAAGCCUAUGAUUUUAAUUGAUAGAAAAAAAUAUAAAUAUGGAAUGAAAAAAUAUGAUGACAGAAUCUUUUUCAACGAAAUUUAUUCUUCGAAUAAGUGUCACAAAAAUGAUUAA